AGGGAAAAAUAUGAAGUGCUUAGUUAUAUUUGGACUGAUUGUGGCCAUUUUUGCUAGCAUUGCGGGCUAUGGUUAUCUGGUAUUCACAGACCUGACACGUCCACUGCCCCGGCCAGCGUUCAAAGACGACACGUAUUGGGGACCCGGAGAUGGCAAGAACUAUAAGCCGGAUACGAAGAUCUAUGAUUUUGUUGUGAAUGUGCCGAAAGCGGAAAUUCAGGAUUUGAGACAGCAACUGAAUCGCACGUUAAGACUAACGGAACCACUCGAUGGCAUUGCAUUUGAGUAUGGAUUCAAUACAAAUGCUUUGGCUCAGUUUGUCGAUUAUUGGCGUGAUAAAUAUCUAACCAAAUGGAAUCAGAGACAAGACUAUCUCAACUCACUGAAGCAGUACAAAACUGAAAUACAGGGCUUAAAUAUUCACUUUAUUCACGAACGCGUGUCUGAGGAGGUGGCUGAGAAGAAGCAUGUCUAUCCGCUGCUCUUGCUCCAUGGCUGGCCUGGAUCGGUGCGGGAAUUUUAUGAUUUUAUACCCAUGCUGGUCAAGGAUCAAAAUAUAAGUGAUUAUGCCUUUGAUGUGGUAGCGCCUUCACUUGUUGGCUACGGCUGGUCGGAUGCCGCCACCCGCGUGGGCUUCAAUGCCGCUGAAAUGGCCACAGUGAUGCGUAAUCUGAUGCUGAGAUUGGGCUACAAUAAGUUCUUUGUUCAGGGCGGCGAUUGGGGCAGCAUUAUCGGCAGCAAUCUGGCCACGCUCUAUCCGGAGAAUGUGCUCGGCUAUCAUUCCAAUAUGUGUGUGAUGAACACUCCACUAUCCAUUCUGAAGGGCAUCUACACCCAUUACUAUCCCGAGAAGGUGCUUCGGUCACGCAUGUUCUACGAUCAUCAUGUGGGCGUUUGGGAGAAGUACCAGGAUCUGUUGGUUGAAAGUGGAUAUUUCCAUAUACAGGCCACCAAGCCGGAUACAAUUGGAGCGGCGCUCGACUCCAGUCCCGUGGCUCUGGCGGCCUAUAUACUCGAAAAGUUUCAGACCUGCACGAGUCCGAGCUUAAAGCAGGACUUUGGUGCCAUAGUCACGAUCUUCGGCCUAGAGGCUGUACUCGAUAAUCUGAUGAUCUAUUAUCUGAAUAGUGCGGCCACAACUGCUGCACGUUUCUAUGCCGAGAAUACAUCGAAGACGUAUCGCGAUCUUCAGCUGGAUCGUGUGCAAACCGAUGUUCCCAUGGGCUGUUGUCGCUUCAGAUUCGAUUUACCCUCUGCAUCCGAGUGGCAGCUGAAGGAUAAGUUCACCAAUAUAAAGCAUAACAUGUAUUUCCAGCAUGGCAGUCAUUUUGCGGCCAUGGAAAUGCCAUCCAUGUUAUUCAAUGAUUUUAAUGAAUUUGUCAAAAAAAUUGGACUACAUACUGAAUAAAAUUUAUAAAAAAAAUUGAUAAACUA